AUUAUAACCACUUAAACCUGAUAAGUAAUUAAUAAAACGACGAUUAAACCGCUAAAAUAAGAAGCAGGGUCCACCCUCGACCAAUGGCUGCCUCCCGUCGCCUACAUUUGUUAUGGUCGUAGAUCCCGAAUUAAGUGAUGGGAGAAAUAGAGCUUGGUGCAGCUGCUGAAGCCACCAUACAGGCUUACAGAGAGUUAGCGACAGAUCCCGCUAAGCGCCUAGCACUAGCAUUGGAUCGAACUUGCGUCCAGUUCUUAGCAUACGUUGUCGCAGAUGGAGAGGAAAGGUUGGUUCUUUUGGCCAUUAAGACUUUAGCUUUGAUCGCCGAGGCUAAAGAAUGUCGGCCUUCUCUUGCAAACACAUUUGGCGUCCUAGAAGCAUUGCAGUCUGUGACUGAAGAUGAAGAAAACUACAGCGAAGAAGUAAGAAACGAGGCAGCCGGUCUCUUCACGAGCCUCCAGUUCGCCCGCUGCGUCAAAAAGUCGCCGACGAAAGGAGACGACGCAACGGACAAAGGUACCGUGCCCGACGAGGUUGAUAGCACUAAGAGCCAAGGAGAGGAAAAGCCAUCCAAAAGUGGCAGCGUUAGCACCCCGGAGAAGAGCAAUAGCGGUAGUGUGUCCCCUACUAGAUCAGAAGUGAAGUCGGAGUCUCCCACGAAACAGAGCGACGUUUCCGAGAGCAGCCGACGAGGUAGCAGUGUCGAUGGUGAUAGUAGGUCCUUGUCUGUAGAUGAGCCUUCAAAAAGUUCGAAAACAUACUCCUCCGUGGACAAGAAAUCCAGCUUCCUUGGGCCGGGCAAUUCGAAAGCCAAGAUCGUCACUCUGUUCAUAAAAGGGAUGGUUAAUCCGGAACACAGAAAACAAAUAGAGGAGGAAUUAGUCCGAGUCCGCGGCCUCAUUAGCAUCGUCUUUGACAUGGGCCAUUCCCGAGUGACUUGCAGAGUCAAACGGGACUUGUCUGUAGAGAAGUUGGCGGCAGCAGUUGCACGCACAGAUCUGGCGUCGGCUCAGCAAGUGACGACCAAUGCUGACGGGGAAGAGGUGAUGGUUCCUCUUGGCGGAGACAUAUGCACCUCAGGCACAACCUCGCCAGUCGACGAUCUUCCCGAUUACCUGCCGGAGGAAGACAACGUAGUCAAAGAUGCCAAAUCUGCCAUGGCGCCCUCGGGAUCGUUCAAAGAGGCGGCUUCGUCGUGGUUCACGGCAGCCAGCAGCCUCCUGCAGAAGUCUUUUUACUGGUGACCUCACAGGGAUGCAGGCUGUGCCUCUGAAGAGGUGGAAGUGCUAUCGUUCUCAAACGUUUGGAAAGACUUGUAUAUUUGAUAAAAGAGGAGAGUCAGUUACUCUUGAUCACAAGUGGACUCGAGCAACUGGCGUUGUAGUUAUGGGGGUGACUACUCUUUAUAUAUAUAUUUUCUACAAAACCAAGAGUUGAUCAUCCUCACCUUGACCAGACAUCUUCGGACUCAUCUAUCUGUAUAUUAUCUCAUUACCAUCAUUGUUCUUGCUGUUUUUGAUUUUAAAAGGCAAAAGGUAUUUAGCCUCUUAAGUGGGAGAUGUUUCAUGUGCAUAAUAUAU